AUGGCCUCCCUCCGUCCAGCAACCCGCGCCCUGCGCGCCGCCAUCCGUCCCACCACUUCAGUCCUCAGAACCGCCCGCCCCUUCAGCUCGUCCAAGUCCUCCCCCGACCCGGGCUCCCUCCCAAACCACGAACUCGACGUCGGCGAGCUCCAGGGCGCAAAGUUCAAGAUUGAGCCUUUGCGUAGAGUAGGCGAAGAGCCAGACGUCAUGCGCGCCCGUCUUCUCUACCAAUCCCGCAAACGCGGCACCCUCGAAUCCGACCUCCUCCUCUCCACCUUCGCCGCCUCCCACCUCCCCAAGAUGACCCCCGCCCAACUCUCCGAAUACGACCGCUUCCUCGACGAAAACGACUGGGACAUUUACUACUGGGCCACCCAGCCCAACGUCUCCCUUCCCUCCGGCCAAACCCCCCCCUUGGAGGACAGAGCAGUGCACGAGUCCCCCCGACCCGGGGAGUGGGCGCAGACGGUGGGGACGUUCAAGCCCGCGUACCGGCCUGUGCCCAAGAGGUGGGAGGGGAGUGAGAUUCUGGCUUUGUUGAGGGAGCAUGUCCGGGUUAGGAGGGGUGAUCAAUCGGAGCAGGUGAAGGAGGAGCUGGGGCAUCAUGGGGAGGAGGGGCACAGGCAUAAGGAGGUGGAGAGGAAGGGGAUGGGGUUUAUGCCUAGUUUGGAUGAGUCGAGGUGAAAGGGGUAGGUGGAAUUUCGGGAGAAGGGGGGGUUCCUGUUUGGGUGUAAAACAAACCGAAAUAAAGAAGGGGGAUAAAAUGUAACAGUAUGGGUUGUAAGAUCACGUCUGGAUAUGCAGGAAUGGGUACCACUCCCGAAAACGGCAGUGGUAUAUCGGUUGGUUGCGUUUAAGCUCUAAGAUAUGGUCUACACAUACCCCCAACCUUCUCUACGAGAAAGAACGUGCAUUAAAAAUGGAGGACAUGGUAUACCAUCAAGGUGGGAAGACGUCAGUCAGUCAGCUAGCAGCGCAAAAGGGGCAUCAAGAACUGCAGCAGGCUCCAAAGAGAACCAGCCCUGACCCGACAGUUCAUCCCAAUUGACUGACGUUGCCAUGGAUAAUUCCAGGGGCAUUUGACAUAUCCAACUCAGUUUUAUCGACAUAUCCAGACGGUAGAUAGGCUGGCUGGGUUCACCAAGCAGUAUAUACCUCACAUAACGCAGACACGUCCAAAACCAG